AUGCAACAGAAUUCUUUUGGAUAUUUUAAUAUUGACAAUUCUAGCAAUAAAGACUCUUGGGUGAGUUAAACUUAAUAUAAUAAUAAAAGUAACAAAUAAAUAAAACGAUUUAUGACUGAUGACUUCUCUCAUUUUGAAAAAGUGAACUUUAAAUAAAUAUAAAAAUAAAACUCACAUGAGUUUUAGCCUCAAACAAUAAAAGAGGUGAUAAAUAAGGCAAAACUUAGAUUUGUUUAAACUUCACCUAAUUCUAUAACAAGAAGACAAGAAAAAUAAGUAAAAAGUAUUUAAAAUAACUUAAGACUGUACCAUUCUAUAUUAAAGAAAGGGAUGAUCAAGUUAAAAAAGUUAAGUCUUUUAAGUCCCCUAUUAAAGAAAAGUAAGAAAAAGAUGAAGACUAUAAUUAAAAAGUUUAUAUCUUCCUUAUAGAAGCCUUUUUGAUUAUUUUCUUGAUCCUCUUUGCUACUGAACUAUUUCUAAGAAAGUAUUUAUAAUGA